AAAGCGCAUUAGGUUUCAGACCAAGGAGCUUGAUUGCGUUGGACAUGGAGGCACCGGCAGAGAUGGCGACUGGCAAAGGAGGCAAUGAAUCAACGAAGAAAACCGUAAGGAUAUAUGUUGGUGGUUUAGGCGAAAGUGUGACGGCUGAGGAUUUGACGAAGACAUUCUCAACACCACAACUCGGAAAAGUGGAAUCUAUGGACAUCGUUCGAACCAAAGGCCGCAGCUUUGCUUACUUGGAUUUACUUCCUUCUUCCGACAAAUCUCUACCCAAACUUUUCAGCACGUAUAAUGGAUGCAUGUGGAAAGGUGGGAGGCUUAGAAUAGAGAAGGCAAAGGAACACUUUUUUCUUCGUUUGAAACAUGAGUGGGAAGAAGAUGCUACACUUGCCACUACUUUGACCCAUCUUCCUGUUACUGAAGCUGAAAGGACGGACUCCCUGAAAAUUCAGAAGAAAGGCUCCAAAUUGGAUGAAGCUCAGAUUCGGAUUUACUUCCCAAAGUUAGGAAAGAUAAAACCAGUGUCUCUUAGAGGAACUGGCAAGCAUAAAUACAGUUUUCAGCGAGUGGAAGUUCCUUCUUUACCUAUCCAUUUUUGUGAUUGUGAAGAGCACUCUGGUACUACUUAUACAGACAAGCAAAAAUCACUUUGUAAUUAUGACUCAAAGGAUGGUGGAAUGGAUGAGAAAGAGCUGAACAUUAUGAAUUCAGUGUUGAACAGAAUUUUUGAGAGGGAGAGCUACUCUGAGAAAACCCCUAGGGGUUUUAAAUUAUCUAAGGAAGUUCAAAGCUCAAAUGGUACAGUUGAUCAUUUGCAGAAGGACAAGAAUCUAGUCAACCAAGAAAUGGGAGAUGAUGAUAACCUCAUUCUCAAUGUGGUGGCUGGUGCAAAUGAUAGAAUGACUAUGGUUAAAGAUCCAAUCCAGGAAGCAAUGACAGCUAUUCAGGCUAAUGAAGAUUUUGUUGACCAAGAAAUGGAUGAUGAUGAUGACAACCUUAUUAUCAAUGUAGUGACCGGUGCAAAGGAUAGAAACACUAUGUUCAAAGAUCCAACCCUGGAAGCAAUUGCAGCUAUUCAGAAUUCGCUAUCCAAGGAAUCACGACUUGCUACAGAUAAACAAAAGCAAGGAAAGACGAUGCCCUCAAACAGAAAGCGUAAAGCACCUUCAGAGGUUAAAGAUGGUGAGGCACAUACUUUGCUGUCUAAAGCUGAAGCAAAGCAGAGUUUGGAAGUCACACGAGAUAGCCAACUAUUAAAUAGAAGUGCCAAAUUGCCAAAGAAGUCUCCAUGGAAAGAUCUCGUUAGUGGUAGUGAUGGUGCUACAUUCAGUGUAUUGGAUAUUUUGCCGAGUGCUAUUCCUGGUAAAGAGAUUCAGUCUGGCUCUGAUGGUGUUAGUGAGUUCUCCUCUGACGAAAAAGAUGAAGUAACAAAUGAUGAGAAAGUAUCAGAUCACCUUGAAGAGCUGGAUAAAGUUGAAUCUGAAGAUGAAGUAUCAAACGAUGAGGAAGUAUCAGAUCAGCACGAAGAGCUGGAUAAAGUUGAAUUUGAAGAUGAAGUAUCAAAUGAUGAGAAAGUAUUAGAUCAGCAUGAAGAGCUGGAUAAAGUUGAAUCUGAAGAUGAAGUAUCAAAUGAUGAGAAAGUAUCAGAUCAGCAUGAAGAGCUGGAUAAAGUUGAAUAUGAAGAGAAAUUAUCAGAUCAGCAUGAGGAGCUGGAUAAAAUUGCCACUGACAAUUUAGAUGCCCCUGUAGAUAUUUAUGUCAGAGGUGCUGCAUGGCGACAAAAAUCUUCAUGGACAGAAUUGGUUCGUGAUACCACCAGAAGUUCUUUCAGCAUUUCACAAAUUUUGCCUGGUCUAAGUCUUCCAAAACCAGAGUUGCCAGUGAUGGGAGAGACCGGAAAAGCACAAAAAUCUAACAGCACGGAUAAAAGUGAUUCCCAAGAUGUUUCUGUAGAGGAGCAGAAUAAUGUUCAUUUCAGUAAAGAGCUUCCAGUGCUGGACGACUAUCAGCAGAAAGAAACAAUGAAGAAUGAAGCCAGUGCUCCAACUCCCGAAAAGGAACACGUAUCUGCAUCAAAACAAGCACUUGUAGUAGAUACCAACUACAACGACACUUGUUCUUUCAUGAAGAGUGCUGCUUCAAUGAAGGAGUGGACGAAAACAAAAGCAGCACUAAGUGGGUCAUUCAAGAAGAAGACUAAUGAGAAAAAAUAGUGGAUACUUCAGAAUAGCUUCAUGUAAGAUAUGACGGCUUCAAGUUACAUGGAUGAUGCAAUUCCCUUUUCAUUUAGGUGCAUAAUUCUUAUUUCAGAAUCAGUUGUGCCAUUCUUGAAUCUGUAGUUUUCCAUUUGAAGUUUAUACAUGGACAUCCUUAUGUUUGUAGCCCUGUGUUGUAAGGUGGUAGGCUUACUUGCAAAGUUGUAACUGAACAUGCUUUGAAUUUGAAAACCAGAAA